AUGAUCUUCAGGGCACUCCUAUUAUUCCUGGCCUUUAUGGUGACAAAUUCAGUAGCUGUCAUUGAGAAGCAUACAUACAUAAUACACAUGGACAAGACCAAGAUCGAAGCCUCAGUCCAUUCUCAAGACAACACAAAACCUUGGUUCAAAUCAGUCAUUGAUUUCAUCUCUGAAGCUUCAUUUGAAGAACAAGAAGAAGAAGAGAUAGCGCCUCAACUCCUUUAUGUUUAUGAAACCAGCCUGUUUGGUUUUGCUGCUCAACUUUCAAAUAAGCAGAUUGAGUACUUGAACCAAGUGGAUGGCUUUCUUGCAGCCAUACCUGAUGAACUACUAACGCUUCACACAACAUACAGCCCCCAUUUUCUUGGCCUGCAGGAGGGAAAAGGACUUUGGAGUGCUUCUAACUUGGCCUCGGAUGUGAUCAUUGGAGUCCUUGAUACAGGAAUAUGGCCUGAACACAUCAGUUUCCAAGACACAGGUUUGUCCAAAGUACCCUCUCGCUGGAAAGGAGCUUGUGAAGCAGGCACCAACUUCUCUGCCUCAAGUUGUAACAAGAAGCUUGUUGGUGCAAGAGUCUUUCUACGUGGGUACGAAAAAUCUGAAGGAAGAAUCAAUGAAACAUUGGACUAUCGUUCUGCUAGAGAUGCUCAAGGACAUGGAUCACACACGGCCUCAACUGCAGCAGGAAACAUGGUGAGUAAUGCCAGCUUUGUCGGCUUGGCCCGUGGUUCAGCCACUGGAAUGAGAUAUACCUCAAGAAUAGCUGCUUAUAAAGUAUGCUGGCGUUUUGGUUGUGCUAACUCUGACAUAUUAGCAGCUAUUGAUAAAGCUGUUGCUGAUGGUGUAGACGUAUUGUCACUCUCAUUAGGUGGCAUUGCGAGACCUUAUUACAAUGAUAGCAUUGCCAUAGCCUCAUUUGGAGCAACACAAAAAGGAGUGUUUGUUUCUUGCUCAGCAGGUAAUUCAGGCCCUUCUAGUUCCACUGUUGGAAAUGUUGCCCCAUGGAUCAUGACUGUUGCUGCUAGCUACACUGACAGGAGCUUCCCAACUCAAGUGAAGCUUGGAAAUGGAAAGGUUUUCAAAGGGUCAUCAUUGUACAAGGGUAAGCAAACAAACCAAUUGCCUCUUGUAUAUGGAAAUUCCUCAAAAACACAAAGGACACCACAGUAUUGUACUCAAGGUUCACUUGAUCCAAAGUUUGUCAAAGGAAAAAUAGUUGCCUGCGAACGUGGAUUAAACAGUAGAACUGCAAAGGGAGAAGAAGUUAAGAUGGCAGGUGGAGCAGGAAUAAUACUACUCAACUCACAAAACCACGGAGAAGAACUUUUUGCAGACCCACAUGUUUUGCCAGGCACAUCUUUAGGGGCCUCAGCAAGUAAAACAAUUAGAAGCUACAUUCACUCAGAAAAAGCACCAACAGCUUCAAUUUCCUUCCUAGGGACAACAUAUGGAGACCCUGCACCAGUUAUGGCAGCAUUUUCUUCUCGAGGACCAAGUGCAGUGGGAGGAGAUGUGAUCAAGCCAGAUGUUACUGCACCUGGUGUGAACAUCUUGGCUGCUUGGCCUCCCAUAACUAGCCCAAGCUUGCUCGAGACUGACAAAAGAAGUGUUCUAUUUAACAUGGUCUCAGGUACCUCAAUGUCAUGUCCUCAUGUUAGUGGCAUAGCUGCAUUGAUCAAAUCAGUGCAUAAGGAUUGGUCACCUGCAGCUAUCAAAUCUGCUUUGAUGACUACUGCUUCCACAACAAACAACAAAGGUGCUGCAAUUGCUGACUAUGGUUCAAGUAAUUCAUUAUUUGCUGACCCCUUCGCCUUUGGUUCAGGACAUGUUAACCCUGAAAGUGCUUCUGAUCCAGGGUUAGUCUAUGACAUCACCACUAAAGAUUACUUAAAUUACUUGUGCAGCCUGAAAUACACAUCCUCCCAGAUUGCUCUAUUGUCAAAAAGUAAUUUUAAAUGUGCCAAAAAAUCAACUCUUCAGGCUGGUGACUUGAACUACCCCUCAUUUGCUGUGCUAUUUAGCACAAGUGCUCUAAAUGCUAGUGUGACAUACAAGAGGGUAUUUACAAAUGUAGGGAUGCCAAAAAAUUCUUAUGCAGUGAAAGUGGAAGAACCAAAGGGAGUAUCUGUCACGGUUGAACCAAGGAAUAUUAGUUUCAGAAAAACUGGUGAGAAAUUGAGUUAUAAGGUGAGUUUUGUUUCAAAUGGGAAAACAGCAGUUACUGGAAGUUCAUCAUUUGGAUCACUUACUUGGGUAUCAGGUAAAUAUGCCGUUAGAAGUCCUAUAGCAGUGACAUGGCAAUGA